AGCGAGAGAGGAGCGAGCGGUGCGGUGCGGCGCGGCUCGGCGCGGCGCGCGCAGCCCAUGAGGCGGUGAGAGGCCUGGGGCCUGUCUCGGAGCAGCGCGCGCGGCGCCGGCCAGCAGCGGGCCGCCCUUCGUGGGCCCGGGCCCGGGCGCGGCGGCCGCCCGUGGAGAAGCAGGUCGGGGCGGUGGAAGCUGUGCGUCCGGGCCCCCCGCCAUGGAGGGCAUGGACGUGGACUUGGAUCCGGAGCUCAUGCAGAAGUUCAGCUGCCUGGGCACCACAGACAAGGACGUGCUCAUCUCUGAGUUCCAGCGGCUACUCGGCUUCCAGCUCAACCCGGCCGGCUGCGCCUUCUUCCUGGACAUGACCAACUGGAACUUACAAGCAGCAAUUGGCGCCUAUUAUGACUUCGAGAGCCCAAAUAUCAGUGUGCCCUCCAUGUCCUUUGUUGAAGAUGUCACCAUAGGAGAAGGGGAGUCAAUACCCCCUGAUACCCAGUUCAUAAAAACUUGGCGGAUACAGAAUUCUGGGGCAGAGGCCUGGCCUCCAGGGGUUUGUCUUAAAUAUGUUGGGGGAGACCAGUUUGGACAUGUGAACAUGGUGAUGGUGAGAUCACUAGAGCCCCAAGAGAUCGCAGACGUCAGCGUCCAGAUGUGCAGUCCCAGCAGAGCAGGCAUGUACCAGGGACAGUGGCGGAUGUGCACUGCUACUGGACUCUACUAUGGAGAUGUCAUCUGGGUGAUUCUCAGUGUGGAGGUGGGUGGACUUUUAGGAGUAACGCAGCAGCUGUCAUCUUUUGAAACGGAAUUCAACACACAGCCACAUCGCAAGGUAGAAGGAAACUUCAACCCGUUUGCCUCUCCCCAAAAGAACCGACAAUCAGAUGAAAACAACCUAACAGACCCUGGGGGUUCCGAGUUCGACUCGAUCAGCAAAAAUACAUGGGCUCCUGUUCCUGAGCAAAGCGAGCAAGAUCAGGAUAGACUGUCACAGAGCUCUGUAAAUCUGUCCCCCAGCAGUCCCGCAAACAACUUAUCAGUAGUGACUUACAGUAAGGGGCUCCACGGGCCUUACCCCUUCGGCCAGUCUUAAACGGGUGUCAGCAAGAAGAAAAACUAACAAAAGACAGAAGGCCUGACUUUGGGGGGAGAGGGCAAGGGGUUCCUCUGGAUUGCAGACCACAUCGCACGGACCCCUGGCUCAGACCCCCACCUACCCCCCAAUCACAGAAGAAGAGGAAGAAAGAGACUAGUUUUGAGUGAACUCAGUAUGCAUGUGUGAAUGCUGAACCGCAGGAGUGGUGUUGAGGCGACCGAGAAGAUCCACGCAGCCAUCUUGGGUUUUGGUGAUGACGUCAGUCUAAUGAGUUGUUAGGUCACUUGGGAAGGGGAAGAAAUUUAAAUGGGGGAAAAUAAGCCAUCUUUUUAAACAAAAAUUAUUUUACCUACAGAGAGGUUGUAGUUUUGAGCACAUGUUAGUUCCUCCCUCUUCCCGAUGUUCAUCUUCUAAGUAAGGGACAGCAUGCUAUAGGACAGACCUGCUCUGGAAGCCUGUCAUAGUAAGGCUAGCGUGGCACGUUUGGGGACUCUGCCAGUCGGAGUUGCUGGGCACAUGCUGUGUAUCACCGACUGGCCCUGUUUGUUCUCAGUGGCAUCUGCCAAUGAGAUAUCACCUUCCUCCUCUUCUUUAAUCUCUUGUUAAGUUACCCCUUUGAUAUUGGUGUCUGUCAGCGUUGGGGCUUCUUAGUAUCAGGACCUCUCUGAGGUAAGGACUUUCCUGUGUGGCCACAGAAGCCUGGGGGCAUUCAGUUGCAGAGGUGUCCUCUGUCACAUGUGUAACAGCUGGAACACAGUGGCCGUCCUCCCUCGGCCACUCGGUGUGUGCGUGCACACACCGGGCUGUAUGGCGUCAGCAGGUGUGAGCUGUCCCCUGCUUCUCUUGUCACACAGUGCCCCUUCCCCAUGUGUCCUGUGGCUCCAGCCAUUACAGAGUGAAGGUGCAACCCCAGGUGGGAGCCCCACUAGUGACCACUCCCUGAGAGGCCGCAAUCAGGUGGGAAUGAAAAGGCCUCCUCCAGCGGGGCAGGCUGCUCAGUGUGGGUGGCAGGUUGUAGCCCAGCUGGAGGACAGGCCUUUGCUCCUUGGGCAGGUGCCCACCGGUGUCCCAUGGACUCCACUCGGGUUGAAAUGUGGAUCUCUCCAUGGGACUCUUUAACCAGGCUAGAACAGCUGUCUGCCAAAGAUACAAGAAUAUGCAAAGUCCCUCCUCCUAACCCUCCUUCCCUCUAAGUCGGUGGCUUGAGAGCCGGGGAUGUGGAUUUAGUAUGAUUACAGGGUCCCCUGCUUGCCUCCAGCCUCCGUGUGCUCCAGGGUUGUGAGCAGAGCAGGAAGGUCAGGUGAGAGUGGCUUAAGAGUCCUCCAGCGCGGGUGCGCGGGUGCGUGGGUGCGUGGUACGGGUCUGCUCUGCCUGCUUCUGUCUCUGUCUGGGUGUUUGAGUUCCAAAAAGUGUGUGGUGUUUGUUCCUCCUCAUCCUCUUCUGAGACUGUUGAUUUUAAACACUUGAUUGUGAACGAAGAGCUUCUAUGAAAACCCUCACCUUUCCAUGUCCCAAAAACCAACACAAGUCCCUGGGCCAGGUGGAGAAGAUGGUGGAGCCCCGUGAGAGGGGGCUUCUGUGUGACCCUUACUUCCUCUGCACACUGGGACCCUUGAGCCAAGGGCAGUCCCUACCAGGUGCCCAAGCCGCAAGUCUCAGGGGGCUUUUGUCUGAGGACCUUCUUGGGGCCAGUCUCUGAGGACACUGCCACCCUAGAGCACAUGCAUGCCCAGCCAUUCUUCCUGCUUCUGGCCUCGGAGCUGCUUGUCUCCAGAUGCCCUCCUGAAACCAUGAGAAGCUUCAGCCUUGCCUCACUGGCUUCCCCAUCUGACCCCACCAGGUACCACACUGUCACCCAGUGUCCUUGCUCUCCUCUUGUGCCCCUUUCUGCUUGUAGCAGCCUCACUUGGCAAAUGUAACGGCUCAGGUACCCUGGCUUCCUUCCCAGAAACAAGCCUUGCCUGUGCAUCCUGGAGAGUUAGGUCCUUCAGAAGGCCAGAGCGGGCAAGCCUUGACCCGUUCUGCAGCCCUUAGAGCCUUCACACGUGAGCACUGGGCCAUCUUUGCAGAACCCCCAUCUGGCAACACAUGCCAAGUUUCAGGAAGAUUGGGGGGAGGGGGGUACAGGCUUGAGAAGAAUCUGGGUGUGUGGGUGUGUGUGCACAUGUGCAUGUGGGUG